AUGGCCCUCGAACUGGCACGAGCGGCCACGGAUGACACAGACGAUGUUAUCAUCAGAAUGCUGGGCUUUGGCAUGUACAAAGACAACACAUUCAACUGUCCGUAUCCUGGCUGUGCCAGCAAACUCGAGGCCCAGGAACUGCCUGCCCACGCCGCCACCAAGCACUCGGCCUGCAUACAGACCCUCAGUUGUCCCAUCUGCGAGCACGAAACCCGCACCACCUACACACCCAACGAAAACACGAACCUUCUCCAGCACCUGGGCAACGCGCAUGGCGACCUAGCUGAAAUUCAUCAGGCGUUGAUGAUGUCGCGAAGCAUGUACGUGGAGCAGUGCACCAAGCCCGUGGAGCUCCCCAAGGAGGUCGGGAAGGGCUCACAAGUGCAAACGCUGCGGGACAAGGUGCCGGACCAGGAGUGCCAGAUUUGCCUCCUCGACUUCAACAAGGGCGAUCGAGUCACCUGGAUGGAUUGCUUCUGCGUGUUUCACGAGGAGUGCAUCGAGACGUGGUUCAAAAAGGUCAGCCAUCGCGAGUGCCCGUCAUUCCUCGUUCUUUUAUGCGACGUGUUGGGCAAAGAUAGGAUGAAAUGA